AACGCGCUCAGCUUCGCCCCUCAACGAAACAUAUACUUCAGUAGUCACCCAAUCCAGCAGCCACCAUGCCCGCAUCUGAUUCCAAGAUUGAGGACAAGCACGGCGAGCCCAUCAACGUCGGUGACACGGUCGCUAUGAAGUCGCACGGCGGGCGCCAGUAUGGCGAGGUGGUCGAUCUCCUUACGACGAAGGAGCAGACCGACGAGGUUGGUGCGAAGAACCCGCCCAAGGUAUUAUACGACACGCAGACUGGUACGCCGUUUCCUGUAUGCUCCCAAGAUCGCAACUGAGCUCCCACAGGCCACCGGGUCUGGCAUAACCCCGGAGCCCUCGUACACGGCACCGAUCCCACGAAGUAGCAAGAAAACUCUUGAGCGUCUGUUUCCACCCUGAAAGGCCGACAAUCUAUCGUCAAGUUGUAACUGCAGAAAUAGCAUGUACGCACCAAUUGCAAGGAACC